AACCUCCGUUCACUUUUUUCAACCGCCGGUUGAAUCCCUUAACCUAAAUUUAUUCAUUCGUUCCUAAGGAACCUAACAAUGUCUUCUCCAGUGGCCGCAAAAUCCAACCUAACGACGCACCGAUCCGCUUCGUUAAACAUCCCACACUCGACUAGUACCAAUCGCGACCACGAUCUCCGGUAUAGCCUCUCCGCUGGUCCUCGUACGAACGAGGAUCGUCCGCCGUCGGGGAACGGCAUCGCCGGAACCCUCUACAAAUGGGUCAACUACGGCCAAGGGUGGAAACGGCGGUGGUUUGUCCUCCAGGACGGUGUUUUGUCGUAUUACAGAAUCCACGGUCCGGAUAAGAUCUCUCUCUCCGUCGAGAUGGAUCGGCGAUCUAAACUGAUCGGCGGCGAAUCAUUACGGUUCAUCUGCCGCCACAGCCAACGCGGUGAUGUUCAUAGUCCCGGAAAACCGCUCGGUCAAAUUCACCUCAAGGUCUCAAGGAUCGGACAAAGCAUAUCAGACGGCAAGAGAUUCACCGUAUUCACCGGUACGAAGAGUCUGCAUUUACGUGCUGCAACAAACGAAGAUCGUACGGCUUGGAUCGAAGCCCUGCAAGCUGUUAAAGAAACGUUUCCACGAAUGUCAAACGAAGAGCUAAUGGCAACGACGACUGAUGUCUCAGUCUCGACCGAUAAACUAAGACAGAGAUUAAUGAAAGAAGAAGUUGACGAGACAAUCAUCAAAGAGUGCGAAGAUAUUAUGAAGACCAAUUUCAUCGCUUUGCAUGAUGAGGUCAUGACGCUUAAGCAAUACCAAUAUCAUCUCGUAGAUUCUCUCAAGAACGUUAAUAACGAACCUAUGUCCCAGUAAGCAAAAACUUUCAUGAACUAUCUCUCUCUCAAAGUUUGAUUUAUUUUGGGAUUUAAAAGUUAAAGUAGACUUUUUUGCGUAAUAAUGGGAAAACCAUAAAUUGAUUUGGUUUUGUUCCAAUUUCCUUUAGUAAUUUAUGGGCCAUAUUAGUGAAAGCCAUUUAGAGAUUAUUAUGUAGUCUAUAAAGUAUAGGUCCAAUUAAAAUUUCCACGUAGAAAUCCUUACAAAUCUCAAUCUCUCAACAGUAAAAUACCAAAAUGAAGAUUAAGG